AUGGCUGCGUUCGGUAUCUCAUUUCCUAAACUAACUCUAUGUCGAACAUCAACAUCGAAAGUUGAUACUAAUACUGUUUCAACGACAACGACACCGACGACAACAACCCCACCACCAACAAUAGUAACGACUGCUCCUCGAACUCUUUCCCUUUCAAUUAAAAAUGUACCAACUCAACCACUUCAUUAUGAUAUUUCAACAACAACAACAGCAGCAGCAGCAGCAGCAGUAAAAAAGAAACCAACAUCAUUUGCUACAAUUCUUGCUAUUGAUGGUGAGACUAAACAAUUACCUAAAACUUUAUCUGUUUUCAACGAACUUCAACUUGAUGAUAAUGAUAAUAAAAAAUCUGGAAACAUUGAUGAAAACAAAAGGCGAGAAGAAAACUCAACUGAUAACAUUGUUUCCUCAUCAUUAUAUCCUUUGGGUACUAUUGAUUAUCGGUCUGAUACUCGAUUUCUUGCCAAAAUUGAUUCAACAAAAUUAUUACAUGAUUCUAAAGAUAAAGAAAAAAAUUUCAUACAAGAACAACAUUCAAAUCAUACAUUUACACCACCAACAUCAAGUUUAAGUAAUAAAUCAUCAUCAUCAUCAAUAUCAGGUGAUUUACCUCAACUUAAAUAUGCUAUUGAAAAAUUUCUUGUCGAUGAUGAUGAUCCGGUUUAUCAUAUAGCUGAAGAAUUUUCAUCUGCUUGUUCUCUUUAUCAACAAGAUUACAAUGGAAAUGCUCAUAAAUCAAAUGAAACAACAUCGAAUUUAGAACAUUCUCAGCAUGAUAAAAGUGAUAAUAUAGAAUUUAAUUCAAUGCACAAGACAAAUAUUCAUCAUGAAGUAUUAUGUCAUCCUUCCUCGACAUCAUCAACUAAUAUGAAAUGGUAUGUAAGUGAAUUACGAAUCAAUCGACCAUUUAUUUAUCGUACACAAUGGACAAAUGGACAAGAACGAGGAAACAAUCGAAAAUUAAGUCAUUCAGUAAAUGAUCUUAAACAAAUUUAUAAUGUCAUAUAUCGUUCGGAUAAUGACAAAUACAAAAAACCGGGAAUAAGUAAUAUAGAUUAUAUUACUUAUUCGACUUUAUCAUUACCCUAUUUUAAUAAUCAACAACUACAACUACAACAGCAACAUCGUCGUCAUCAAUCUGAUGAUAAUAUUCUUCUGAAUAAUCGUUUAUCAUCUACAGAUGAUGAUGAUGAUGAUUUAAAUAAUUUUCGUAGUGAUGACGAUGAUCAACAUUUAUUACCAUUGACUAUUCAAAGAACAUUAGAUCGUUCACUUGGUAAAGAUGAUACAUUAAUUAGAAAUGAAUCUGUUAAAAAGAAAUUAUUUGAUAUAUUAAAUGAUGAUGAACUUGAAAAUGCAUGUCUUGAAGAUAUGAGUCAAGAAUUUGAAAAACUAUCUCUUACUCAUCAUCAUCGUCAUCAUCAUCAUCAUCAUCAUUGUGAUCUUCCAAUAAUUAAUUCAUUCUCAUCAUCAUCCGAUGAUGUUUUCUAUUCGUCAUCUCCAAAUGAUUUUCAUUUACCAUUUUCAUCAGCUCCACCACUUUCAUCAUCGUACAAUGAAAAUCUUUCAACAAAUAUAAAUAAUCCUACAGAACGUUGUUUCGGUCGAUCACGUUUAAUUACUACAAGUCUUGAUAAAAUUCCAAUCAAUUCUAAUGCAUAUGAUCAUAAAUCUUCAUCAUAUCAUUCACGUCCAUCAUAUGAUAAAACUCUACCAUCAUGGUCCACAUCACCAUUACCACAAUGGCGUACAGAUGAUCAACUAUCGAUGGUAUCAGUACUAAAAAAACAUUCAUCGAAAAAUGAUGAUUAUCUAAAUGGUAUCGAUACUAUUGAUCCUAAUCGAUUAUUAAGAACAAAAGUUAUUGAGUAUGGCGUUAAAGGAAAUAAAUAUAUAGCAAAGUAUAAUAAUAAUAAUAAUAAAAAUAAUAAUCAUCGGAAAGAGCAAAAGCAUGUAAGCUAUUCAUUAUUGAAUACAUCGACACCAUUAGUCGAUGAUUCGACGACAAUUCUUCCUAUUAUUCAAGAUAAAUCAUCAAAUAUUAUUAUGUUCAUUUAG